AUGGAUUUUAAAAUUGAAAACACUUGGGAUGGUUUUCCAGCGAGGCAUGAGCCAGUGUGUAUCAAGCUGAGUCCAGGGGACGAGCGCAUGAAGAUGGAGGUCAGUGCUCCGUUUUUCAAUGAUCCUCCAGCUCCUCUUGGAGAACCAGGAAAGCCUUUCAGUGAACUGUGGAAUUAUGAAGUUGUGGAAGCAUUUUUCUUGAAUGAUACAACUGAGCAGUAUUUAGAUGUUGAACUUUGUCCACAUGGACAACAUUUAGUUCUUUUACUCUCUGGAAGAAGAAAUAUUUGGAAAAAAGAGCUUGAGUUAUCAUUCAAAGUGUUCAGAGGGGAGACAAACUGGGAAGGCAUAGCUCUUCUUUCUUGGAGUUAUUUUCCACCAAAUGUGACAAAAUUCAACUCAUUUGCAAUUCAUGGAUCAAAUGAUAGAAGUUAUGAAGCUCUUUACCCUGUGCCACAGCGUGAAGUGCAGCAAGGACAAAAGCCUGAUUUCCAUCGUCUGGAAUAUUUCAAGCCUUUCAGUCUUAACACGCUGCUUGGAGAAGAAUGGAAGCAGCCAGAAUCAGACAUGUGGCUAAUAGAGACACCUGAUGUGUAGAAGUAUAGUAGAUAACCGAGCAUGUCCAUCAUUUCUCCUCUGUGCUUUUAAGAUAUUCUAAUAAAAUACGUAAACACAUUUCAACAACAAACAUUUUAACAGAGGUCACUGAAAUGUAGCAUCUCUGUAUCAAAUUGCAUAUGUUAACAUAGAAAUAGAAACUAUGUGUAACAUAAAA